UUGGAAGCAUCUGGGGGCAAAGCAUCAUGGUCUGGUGCCUGUGCUUUUUGUCCGAAGAUGAGAAAAAUGCCAUUGUGAUAGAUAAAGAAAUCAGCCGGCAACUUCAGGAACAGAAGAAACGGGAUCGAUGGGAACUGAAGCUGCUUCUGUUGGGCACUGGGGAGAGUGGGAAGAGUACCUUCAUCAAACAGAUGCGGAUUAUCCACGGCGUGGGAUACACGGAAGAGGAUCGGAAAGACUUUGCCAAAGUGGUGUAUCAGAACAUCUUUGCAUCCAUGCAGGCCAUGAUCAAAGCCAUGGAGAGCCUUCAGAUUCCGUAUGCCCAGGAAGAGAAUGCACAAAAUGCCCAGCAGCUUCUGGAAGUGGACACCUAUAAAGUGGUCACAAUGGAGCCCUGCCAUGCAAGGAUCAUCGGAGACCUCUGGAAGGAUGCUGGAAUCAGAACCUGUUACCAGAGGAGAAGUGAAUUCCACCUGCUUGAUUCUACUGCCUACUUCCUUUCAAACCUGGACCGCAUUGCUUCCGAAGGAUACGUGCCAAGUGCCCAGGAUAUCUUGAGGACUCGCGUGCCAACGACUGGCAUUAAUGAGUACUGCUUCUUGGUGCAGAAGGUGAUGCUAAGGAUCAUCGAUGUUGGCGGGCAGAAAUCCGAACGCCGGAAAUGGAUCCACUGUUUCGAAAACGUGAUUGCCAUGAUCUAUUUGGCAUCUCUCAGCGAAUAUGACCAGUCCCUGGAGGAGAAUAACACUGAAAACCGAAUGAGGGAGAGCUUAGAUCUCUUUAGGACCAUUCUGGAGCUGCCCUGGUUCUGGAACACCUCCAUUAUUCUCUUCCUCAACAAAGUGGAUAUUUUGGAGGAGAAGAUCCUCAGCUCGGAUCUGGCUGCCUAUUUCCCCAGUUUUCCAGGUCCUAAGCAAGAUGUUCAUGCAGCCAAGCACUUCAUCCUGGAAAUGUAUUCUGACAUCUUCCAGCAGAUCUCAACCCUCGAUGGCCCUUUCCGUGGUGGAGCCCUUUCCCACUUCAGACCCAGGAUCCUUUAUCCCCAUUAUACCUGUGCCACCGACACACAGAACAUCUGCACAGUUUUUGCAGACAUCAAGGAUGCCGUUCUUGCAAGCUACCUGGAAGAGUUCAACCUGGUCUGAAGGGGCCAGUGCCGGACAGACCGCAGUGUGGCUGGGGGUGCAAUCCAGAUGUUGCAUCUGGAUUGAGAAA